ACUUUGCGACCAGCAGCAGGCUCUGCGCAGUCCAUCGUCCGACGAUUGUCGAGACCGUCCGUAAUGACGACGACCAAGGUAGGCGGGGGGCGCCGCCGCAUGAAGCAGAUGCAGGGGCUGCUGCUGCUCUCGCGGCUGGACGAGUCGCUGACGCGCCGCCACCGGUCGGGGAAGAUCAAGCCGCAACGUGUGACAGUGGUCCUACAGCCUCAGAUGCUGGAGCUUGCUUACUCUUCACUGGAGGAUCAGGACAUGCUGCGUCCACUGGGGCGCGUGGACUUGCGUGACGCCAAACUGGAGCAGGUUCCGGACGGAUUCAUCAUCUAUGAGGCCGGCUACGGGCCUCGGAAGAUGCUCAAGCUUCAGGACAAGGAUAAGGCCACCACUGACGCCUGGUUCUUUGCCGUUUACUCGGCCAUCACGGAGUAUGAGCGCCUGCCGAUCAGCGCUAGCGAAGACGUCGGUCACAGAUUCUCAGCUGUACUCACCUCCAGCAUGCGCGACGAGCACACGGAGACGGUGGAGUUCGAAUUGUCGUGUCAGUUGGUGCUGCCUGCACGUCCCAUCGACAUGCCCAGCAUCAAGUGGAAGGUCUGGAAGACUUUUUCUGAGCUUCAAGCAUUUGAUGAUGAGCUACGCGUCUCGUUCGGCGCACACAUGACGCAGAUUACGUUCCCAAGAGACCGCAGACGCGAUUCACUCUUUGGUGGCAUGCGCAAGAAGUCGUUGCAAGAGCUAAAGGAGCAGCAGCUUGCUCUUUACGUGGAGCAGGUGUUUCAGAUGCCAAAAAUUUCUACUGAACCGACACUGGUUGGCAAAGUGAAACAGUUCCUCGGUUUCGACUCCUUCUUUGAGAUUGUCGAAUCCUCGUCGAGUGAAAAUGGAGAGGAUGACAACGACUUAUCGUACGCGCCUGUCAAUCCCGAUCCCAUACUAGAGCCUCAGGUUUCAAAGUUUGCCGAAACUGAAGAAAUAAUCAGUGAAGUGGUGCAGCAGCCACUAUCUCAUGAGCCACAGAGUGUUGGUCAGUCUGCAGUUGAGCCGCUGAGCAACGAUUCCAAUGCACCUUCCUCCCAGUACUCGAGCACUGAAUCCGCCCGUGCAUUGCCGGGUUUGCUGAGAAGAACAAGCUCAGCAGCGGCUGAAGACGAGGGUGAGGAGUAUGUGGAAGUCAUUCCAGAAUCUGACCCGAAGACGGCAAAAAAACUCCAUAAGAAGAUCAUUCAGACCGUCCGUGAGCUUGUCUCUUGCGAUGAAGAACGCGUGCAGGACUUCCAGGACCAGACGAGAGAUUUUGGUCGAGAAAAAACGUCUGCUAUGGAGUAUUGCGCCUUUCUCCUAGGUGCAGUGGGCGCGCAGGAGUGCUGCAAACUCAUCCCGGAAAUGGCAAGGCUGCUUCCCGAUGAAGUGAAAAGGGAGGAAUUAAUGCAGGCUCGAGCCGCUAUCUGGCGGCGAACCCAUAGACGACAUCGUAGGCGCUCCAAACAAUUUUCAGAAAGCGUUGUGCUGCAAAAGCAAAAGGAAGAACAACAGCAGAUCGAUUCCAUGAACAGUAGGGUGCGUCCGAAGUCUGAAAGCCUCGAAACGAUGACGGAGCACGUUCAUCCUCUUCAGAUACCUGUGCGAAACUCGAUGGUCGAAAGGCCAAUGUCAGCAAUGGACACUGAGUCUCAUACCGAACAGGACAAUAGCCCGCCUGCAAUUCCUGCGCAUCGUGCUGGUCUCGCUGACCCGCGACGGCAUCUCAACCGCCGUGCUUCAUUCAACACAAUGUUUGGCGAGACGUUGCCGAUUGAGGAGGAGGAGAACCCAGCUGAGAAUGAGUCGGAUGAUGAAAGCGUCGACAGCCUACUGGAUCGACCUCGUACCGUGAUCAAAGAGACCCCAUCGAAGAUUGAACACGCGAGAACGACGCCUUUGGGCCUCGGACGCCGCAACUCGUCAUUCCUGGAUGGAGAUGAAGAUGAUGAAAGUACUGAAGAUGACGAAGAGAUCCAUCCCAGCGGCCGCUCUCGCCGUUCUCGCCACAGUCGCCACCGCCAACAAAGUGGAAGUGGGAGCGGUAGUCUGGAGACACGGAGAGUGAAAGAGAGACCACUAUCUCGUGGGGGCUUGACGAGAUCAUUAUCUCGACAGAAUUCCUCUUUUAUUGGGGAAAGUGAUGAGGACGGCAGCGGUGGUGAGGGGGAAAAUAGCCACACGCGAUUCCGCAGAAGCCAACGCCGUGCGAGUCGUAAAUUUGACGAAGAAGCCAAAUCCGGGCCUGUGCCCGAGGAGGAGAACCCCGUUCUGGCGCGUCUCAAGAAGCAAGGGGCUAUAAACUUUAUGGCGCAGCUUCGCUAA